AAAAAGAAACUUUAGAAGAAAACAAAAUUUCACAAGUUUCCAGAUUAGGGUUUCGUUCUCGAAGAUGUUCAUAUCAUUUCAUUCCAUUUUCACUGGUAAGAUCUAAUAAAGCUCAAAUCUUUCCUUCAUUUUUGGCAUUUCUGUUGUAUUUACUUUUUGGAAAACCCACCGCGACAUGUUUCUGGUUUCAAUUUUUGUCCAAAACUGAGAAAAUUAUCAAAGAUAGAGAGAGAGAGAGAUAAAUGGAGGAAGGGGAUCAGAUGGAGCAGUUUCAUCGCAACGAAGCGAUCUCAGCCGUUGCUGAUGAUGGGUUUCUUGGAGAAGAGGAUGACGAUUUUGAUGAUCUGUAUAAUGAUGUUAAUGUCGGUGAAGGGUUUCUUCAAAGUUUGAAACAGAACGAGGACGUUUUGGGGUCUGAAAAUGACGGUAAUAAUAAUAACAAGAGUAAUAGUAACCGUAAUGAUGAGGAGAAGAAACUAGAUUCAGCGCCUAAUAUUGUGGGUACUGUUGCGGAGAGUAGUAAUAGUAGCUUGCCUAGGGUUUCUGGGGGAAAUUUUGGUAAUAAUAAUAUUGAUAGUAGGCAGAAUUUAGGGUUUAGUGGGCCCGGUGGGAUGGGUGCGCGAAGUGGUGGAGGAGGUGGGGGUGGAGGUGGAGGUGGGCUUAGGGUUGAAUUAGGGCAAAGUAAGGUGAUGAGUGAAGUUGAAGAGCAAGUUGUGAGCAAUAACAAUGUUAAUAGUGGCAAUAAUACUGGAGGUGGUGUCGGUGUUGGUGUUGGUGUUCAAGGGAAUAUUGUGCAGCAAAAUCAUGCUGGCGGUGGUGGUGGUAUGGGGAAUGAGGGUAUGAUGAGACAAGGAGGUGGGGUAGUUGUUGGUGGUGGUAAUGGUCAUAACAUUGUUGUUGGGAAUGCUGGUGGUGGUGGUGGUGUUGGUGGUGGGUUAGGAGGUGGUGGUGGGGGCGGUGGGACAAUAUUGUUUGUGGGAGAUUUGCAUUGGUGGACGACUGAUGCCGAGUUAGAAGCAGAGUUAUCUAAGUAUGGGCCGGUGAAGGAGGUGAAGUUUUUUGAUGAGAAGGCUAGUGGGAAGUCAAAGGGGUAUUGCCAAGUUGAGUUUUAUGACCCAGGUGCGGCCACUGCUUGUAAAGAGAAUAUGAAUGGACAUGUGUUUAAUGGGCGGCCGUGUGUGGUAGCAUAUGCGUCACCUUUUAGUGUUAAGAAGAUGGGGGAGGCUCAAGUUAAUAGGAAUCAGCAGAUGUCACAAGCUAACGUUGGGCAAGGUAGGAGGGGAGCGAAUGAUGGUGGAGUUAAAGCUGGGGGGAACAAUAUUGCCACUGGUGGGAAUUAUCAAGGUGGGGACAAUAAUAGAGGAGGUUAUGGAAGAGGGAAUUGGGGAAGAGGUAAUAUGCAAGGGAUGGGAAAUAGAGGGCCAGGUGGUCCAAUGAGGAAUAGGGGCCCUGGUGCAGUGGGUGGAAGAGGUAUGAUGGGGAAUGGUGGAAAUGGAUUUGGGCAAGGCAUUGGUGGGGCCCCUCCUUUGAUGCAUCCUCAGUCAAUGGGAUUUGAUCCGGGGUUCGGUGCACCUAUGGGCAGGAUGGGCAGUUAUGGGGGUUUUCCCGGUGCUCCAACCCCUCCAUUUUCAGGAGUUCUAUCUUCCUUCCCACCUGUAGGAGGUAUGGGAUUGCCUGGUGUAGCUCCUCAUCUCAACCCUGCAUUUUUUAAUGGCCGGAUGCCAAUGAAUGGGAUGGGUGGUAUGAUGCCUGCAAGUGGUGUUGAGGGGCCUAAUAUGGGAAUGUGGUCGGAUCCUGCUAUGGGAGGAUGGGGUGGUGAGGAGCAUGGUGGUGGAAGAGCUGGAGAGUCUAGUUAUGGUGAGGAAGCUGCUUCCGACCAACAGUAUGGUGAGGUGAGUCAUGAGAGAGGAGUUUGGCAGAAUUCCAUGAAGGAAAAAGAUCGAGCUUCAGAAAGGGAUUGGUCUGGUUCCUCUGAGAGAAGGUAUCGUGAUGACAGAGAACCUGGGUAUGAUAGGGACAUGCCUAGAGAAAAAGAUAUGGGGCAUGAUCACGACUGGGCUGAGAGAAGGCAUCGUGAGGACAGGGAUGUUGGUCGAGACAGGGACAGAGACCGUGAUAGAGACCGUGAACGUUCGAAAGAUCGUGACCGUGAUAGGGAGCGAGAUCGAGAAAGGGAGCGUGAUCGGUAUAGGGAGGAAAGAGAAAGAUAUCCAGAUCAUCAUAGGUACAGGGACCGUGAAACAGAGCAUGAUGAUGAAUGGGACAGGGGGCGAUCAUCAAGGCACAGUAAGUCACGUUUGUCUCAAGAGGAUGAACAUCGCUCAAGAUCAAGGGAUGCUGAUUAUGGGAAGAGACGACGGCUCACGUCCGAAUAGCUUAGUUGAUGCUUAUUAUUUCGUGAACGACCUUUUUCUUCAAGAGAAACAAGAAGAUAGCCAAACUUUUGAUUCCCCGUGCUCAUUCAGAUUCUAUUUAAAGUGGUGUUUUGGGUUCUUAAUUGCUGAACGUUCCUUCUCAGUUCAUUGCCUGCAAUUCUUGAGUGCUUCAUUUCACCAGGAGUAUGGUUUUACUGUCGCAUAAAAGAACGGUGCUUACUUGUUUCUUUGUUUAUUAAUAGCUUGAAGGAUAUAUGAUCUUGAGAAAUGAAGCUGUUCAGCAGUACUGUGUUUCUUUACAGAUGAAGAGGACCUCAACCUUGUGUGAGAGAAAGACAAUACAUGACUUUUACUCAUUGUCGACAUUGAUGUUGAAGACGAACUUUUGCUUUUUAGUUUUUAGCUUCUUUUGCUAUUCAUGUUUUAGUUUAUUGACUUUUGAUCGGAUCAAUGUUGUGGAUGAUGUGAUGAUGGCUUGAACUUCUUGUAGUCUGGAUGUGGUAGAUUACUUCAGAACUUACUGUUUGAAUGUAAUGUAAUAGGAUUUAGCACAGAAAAUGUUGCUGAUGUGCCUGCUCAACUCGGCUAAUUGGCUAGUUGUUGUAUCAUUUUUUUAACCCCUUUUUAGUUUCUGAUUAUACCACAAUGUUGAUUAUGUGAUUUUUUGUGAAGGGGAUGUAGGAAAUCUGAUCACUGAAUUAAUGCAGUAACUUUAGCCUGAGAAUUGUACACUAUGAUCUUGUAUAUAUUGAAAAUCAAUUACAUGGAUUCUUAUUGUCUGCA